UCGGCUCAGUCCGUCAAGUCAGUUUGUAAACAAUGGCUGAAUACUUGGCAUCGAUUUUCGGCACGGAGAAGGACAAAGUCAACUGUAGUUUCUACUUUAAGAUAGGAGCAUGUAGGCAUGGAGACCGUUGCUCCAGGAUCCACAACAAGCCAACCUUUAGCCAGACUGUGUUGAUCCUAAACCUGUACUGCAACCCCCAGAACUCGGCCAAGUCAGCUGAUGGAUCCCACUCAACGGUCAGCGAUGAGGAGAUGCAGGAGCACUACGACAACUUCUUUGAGGAGGUUUUCGUGGAGUGCGAGGAUCGGUAUGGAGAAAUUGAAGAGAUGAAUGUGUGCGACAACCUUGGGGACCAUCUCGUUGGCAAUGUGUAUAUAAAGUUCAAAUACGAAGAAGAUGCUGAAAAGGCUGUUGUUGACCUCAAUAACCGGUGGUUUGGGGGUCGAGCAAUCCAUGCAGAGUUGAGUCCUGUAACUGACUUUCGAGAGGCAUGUUGCCGUCAGUAUGAAAUGGGAGAGUGCACACGCAGUGGAUUCUGUAACUUCAUGCACUUGAAGCCAAUCUCUCGAGAACUCCGCAGAGAGUUAUAUGGACGGAAGAGGAGGAGAUCUCACUCCCGAACCCGCCGCCGCAGGUCGAGGUCGAGGUCACGUGAGCGCAGGCGGGAGAGCAAGGACAGGGCAUCAGUGCUUGAUAGGUUCCCCGCCCACUCUCAGGAAAAGGACCAGAGGGAAGGGAGAUUCGGCCGCUACUGAGCAAGGGGUGGCGCUGGUGGCAUUGCAUUGUGGUUUUUAGUUAUUUAAAUUAUUUGACAUAGUUUGUAAAAUCAUUUUACAUGAUUGAUUUCAUUCAUAUUAUGUAUGUUUGGGAUUGUCAACAAGCCGGGUUAAAACCGUCUAGAGGUUAUUGGAUGUUAUUCUCAGUCUUUGUCACAAGAAGAAAUAAUGGUAAUGAUGAUAAUUAUAACGCUGAUAAUGAUGAUGAAAUGCAGCCAUUAAACAGAGGUCAUUCUCAACUUGCAGAUGGAAAGUGGCAAUGUUAGUUUAUGUAGUUAUAAUAAGGAGAGAAAUUCAUAUGUGCAAAAUUGUGUUGCAUGUCGCAGCUAUUUGGUCCCUCCAUUUCCCUUGAUCUGGUUGCAUUUUGUGACAUUUACAUCCUCAUUUGAUAUUGGACGAAGGCUUUCAUGUAGCUAGAAGAUGAUAUGUUUAACCCAAUGGUGCCGGGUAUCAGGAAUCUCUUAGCGUCAUAAACUCAUGAUUUCUGGCAACAUGCAGACACUGGGCACGGGAGUCCGCUACACGUGUUCUGGUGCGCCGCUGCGCGUAGAGGCAUAACAUACAGACCAUGCAGUUUGUUAUGAUGGCUGUACACGUGACCCGUCCGAAGGGAGUUAAGUAUGAGACAUUAAUUCAUAGUCCGGAAACUAUUUGUAUAAAUACUGCAUCCUGUAAAAGGUGAAAGCCUUAGGUGUAGUUUUAACUCUUUGAGUAAAAAGUUCAUUAGCAUUAUGUUGAAUUCUGUAAAGUAACAAAAUACUUUUAAGAUUUUCAGUGGAAGGUCCAAGGCCACGAAAGGAUCUCAGUAAGGUUUUUAGGUUUUAUUUUGUGUGUGAUGAAUAUUACCUCUAAUACUGUGAUGGAAAAAGUGAUAAAAGUAACCUUUGAUCGUAAAGAUUAAUUAUUUAUUGUGAAAGUACAGAAAUUACUACUCAAAUGAAAUUCUGACACAGAUGGCUAAAAAAACUGAAAUUGAUGGCUUCUAACAGCACUGAUAAUAAAAUUGUCUGUCUUCAUGAAAUUUAAGGUGAAAAUGUAACAAAGGGUAGCUUUAAUUUCCUAAAUUAUAAAUAUAGAGGGAGAAAUUAGCAUGAUGCAGAAAUCAGUGCAGUCAAAAAAGGGAAAAAAAUGCAAUAUGAGUUUAUUCCCAAAUAUGGUCUUAAUUAUCUUGCUAAAGGUAUUGCUCAAUUUGGUGUCAAGUGAAGUAAAGACCACAAAGGGCUAAACCACUUUUUGAAUGGGAUUGGAUGCAAAUGCGAGACCCUGUGCUUUGUAUUUUGUUUGGCCUUUAAAAUUUGUGAGGGUUAGACUAAGUAAAUGAAAGAGGAAAAAGACUGAAUUUGCUCACUUACACAUGAUCAUUUGUAAUCUUCAAAAGGGUGUUUUCCAAUUACUUUGCAUAGAGCCACUCAGCACUAACAUGCAGUGGGAUUUCCUGUUACCAUUCUAACCCAUGUGCCAGUUUGUAUGUGUAGUCAGCCACUCGAGGAAGAAACUGGAAGCAUGGGAAGCUUAGAUUUAACCCAAUGGCGCCGGGUAUAGAAAAUUAAAAAAAACUCUACGCUCUGGCGAACGGCGGCAGCGCGCCGACUCUGAGCGCGUGAUAUUGGUACAUCAAGCCGAAUCAUUGCCUCCGGGCGUUUUGGCGCGGCGCCGCUACGGACAGCCGCACGCCUCACAUCGUGCGUAUUGUUAUGACGACGAUAGCCGUGACCCGUCGCCAUUGGGUUAAUGCCUUCUCUGUGCUCCUUGCUGUGGUGUAAAUGAUUGUUUAGCAAAUGAGGCUAAAAGGAGGCUUUAAGCUUAGUUUCUCCUCAGUGACUGCAGUCAGAGCCAAACAAGCAAACAGCUGUUUAGCAGGCUCAACCGUGCACAACAUGAUUGGACCUUAUCCUGGUGUGGGUGAUGGCUUAGCCAUAGCAUGAAGGAACAUUAUCUGUUGUGAAUGUGUUAAGCCUGCAGUUAUGCUGUAUGGGAAGUGCUACCAGCUGAAGUGCUUUUACUAAUAUGUUACAGCUAAUUGUAAAUGAUGACAUCCUGAGUGGUAGAUAGUGUAAUAUCCAAUGUUAUUUUAUGAUUUAGUCUUAAUACAUAUAAUCAUUCUGAUUUUAGUUUUACAGUCUAGUCAUGUGAAAAUUGUUCACAAAGCAUAAUUGUCACAAGACUAAAGUAACUAAGAUUUUGAAAAAAAAAAGUUGUGUAUAAAAAUCUGGCUGCUUUUGUGGAAGAGAUAAUGUAUAGCAAUGACUGUCAUGUAUCACAAUAUAUAUAUUUUGGUAUCAGUUUUUCCUUUGGUGCAUUUUUUUAAUAAUAAGGAGGUUUUGCAGGGUCUCAUGAUUAAGGUUAAUUGCACAUGUGUAGAAAUAAAUUUUAGCUCGGAGUAUAUAGAUGGGAAGCUGUUUUAAUGAUAAGGAAGGCUAAGGUACAUCUUCAUGUGUAACAAGUAUUUUUUUUUUUUUUAUGAAUAUUUAAACUCUUUUAUUAUUAACUUAUUGACUAUUUGAUUCUAUAUAUUUUUUUAGUUUAUAGUGAAGGAAGAAUUUAUGAAGGUCUGACUCCCUAAAGUUUGUAAAUUUUGUCAACACAUAUGUUGUAUUUAAACAGGUAUUACUUGAUCCUCAUUUUAUUAUGAGUUGACUACAUGAUUUGUUAGCAUGUUUUAAGAACUUCGUUUUUGUUUCAAUUUUAUGUACUUAUUUGUGUACUCUUUAUUUUAUUUGUCAAAUAUAUAUACUGAUUUUUUUUCUUAUUUUUGUACUUCUGUAAUAGGCUAACAAAGUAACCAUUUUAAGUGUCAUUGUCUGAAAAUAUAUAAAUGGUCAUUUUGACAAGAUAAAAAGAUGUUAACCUCAUGCUGUUAAGCAAGUCCAACAAUAAAAUAUAAAUUUGA